CGUACCUCGUUUGCCUCUCAGUUUGGGGCCCCAUAAGUGGAAAAGACUCUUUAUCAUUGGAAACCCUCGUAAGAUGUGAACGUUCGAGCAUAAUCAUUCAAAGUUUCUCGCUUUGUGUCAUACAUCAAAAUAGCUCUAAACAUAAUGGCCGGUUUUGUUCCUUUGCCCGUCAAAACAUCUGCACGAAAGCAAUGGACCCUGCAUGAUAAUCGUCCCGGUGGGAGAUUCAAACGUCUUGGAAGUUAUUUAUCUGAGAAUGGAUGUCCAGACUCGCAAGUGGACCUCGGGAAACAACUUUUGAAGGAAAAUGGUGAUACAGAUGGCGAUCCUGACGAGAAAGCUCGACUUGGAGUGUACUGGUUGAUCAAAGCAUCUGAGCAAGGGCAUGUUGAAGCCACUGAGCUAUUGAAACAAUGUUUACAGACAGGAAAAGGAAUUACGGAACAGAAUUAUUUAGAUGUCAAAGCUUGUCUUGAAAUGACCACAGAAGAAAAGGUUGCUCGCACAGCAGCGCGAACCAUGUUUGCCUGUCUGUCUGCUGGCAAGGAUUUUAUUACCUCAGAACAACUAUCUCAACAAAUGGGAAGGCUUGAACUGCCUUCUACCUCCGCAUCAAAUGGUGGACCAGUUCCCAAUGAAGAUUCAGAAGAACCUGCACCAGACUGGCGGUCACGUCUCGUGAGUGGAGGCGAAAAACUAUCUGAAGACAUGCUCGUUCUAGCUGCUAGUCACUACGCCCAAGGCGAACUACCUAUUGUCCAGCGAGUCCUAACUCUGAAACAGAGUCAAGAAGAAAGUCACCGGCGAUGGAAUGUUCGUUAUCUCAAGCACAGUCUGACGCACCCUCUAGAAGCCCUUGAAUCAGCAUGUUUCUCGUUCAUAGAAUACUUCGGCAGAUACCAAUUUUUCCGAAAACUUUUAAACUUCUCUCUUCUACACGUACAAAUCGUCGCAAUCCUAGCACUCUACUCCAUCAUCGGCUACGAUGAUGUCGUUGCAAAGUUACCGUUAACUCUUUAUGCAGUGUCAUUUGCUAUUUUGAUUGUCUCUACCUGUAAAAUAUUGUUCAGCAAAAGAGACUUCCACCAGUUUCGGCGGUGGUCAAACUUGUUUAUUGCGUAUUCAAACGAAAACUUAUUGCCUCAAGAGGCUGAGUUAUUGUACUUAAAGAACAAUCUUCGGCCAUAUAUUAUAUUUUUCCUAGUGUUACUCGUGAAUCUAAGCUUAUACCCGUUUGUGGCAGAUGAACUAAAAUUUUACUCUGAACUAACUGUGAUAUCUUUUUGUGCUACUUUUUUUUCCCUUCAAUCAUUUUCGUUUCGGUCUCAAAGCAUCAGCAGUCCAAAAUCAUUUGACUGGCUAGCUUUGUUCUCGUUUGGUGUGCAUGUCUUGGCAAAAUACCCGUAUGAAACGGACACGGUGGUGAGUCAAGGAUGGCGUUAUCUGGAUGUUCAAGUCCCCACUUUUGCUUCCUAUGUUGUCGGUAAUGGUAUAGAAUUCUGUCUCAAUUUCCGUGCCCUUUUUUACUUGCUGAUUCCGGCUGUUUUUGUGAGAAUGGCUUCCCGCGACAAGUGGAGGGGGAUCUAUAAAUCUUUUAUCCCACAUUGCGUAUCUCUUGCCUGGUGGCAGUUAACCCUUAUCCUAGCACAAGGAGCUACAUGGUAUGGACUUCUUCGAUGUACCCUAGCACUGGUUGGUUUCGUUCUCUUCUUGCCAUUGGCAACAUUUGCCUCAAUUCUGCUACCUGUUGUUGCAGCUGGUAAACUUCUGGCAGAUUAUGAUACCUUCAUAAGAGUAAUCACCACUAUAAUCGUUGCGUCAUCUCCGAUCAUCCUUUCCAUUAUUUUCUCCAGGUGGAAUGCUGCGCGGUAUUUCGUAUGGAUUCAGUUCAUAAUGUCUUUGAUGGCUGCAAUGAUCCUCUUUGCAACCUGGGACCAACCGCCUGCUACGUCUGUUUCUGCUAAAUUGACCACAAAGCAGUCACUGUCCUUGGCCGAGUUUCAAGACUACUGCCAACAGGAUGGGUCAAGUAUUGACGCUAAAGCAAAGUGCUUACAGCUCAUCGGCCAAUCUGUCACUUGGGACGGGACUGUGCAGUCCGUCAGAAUCACUAAUGUUGAUAAUCCUGCAUUAAGCAUCAUCAAUAAGUUACCUUUUAGGUUGAGAUCAUCUGCUGCGUGUCUGUUUGGUGAGAAAUUUCCUAUGGAUGCUUUGAAAAACAAUGAACUCGAGGAGAAACUGUCUAAUGAAUGCCAUGUUUCAAACUGGAAUAGGUACACUCUAAAUAUCAGCGCUCAAAUUUCGAUGAACGCUUGGCAACCUCCCACGCGCGUGUCUCUCCUCGCCGGCAAUGCUUUCUACAACUUCACACGCCUGCUGAAAGAGGGUGAUACGAUAUUGUUCACCGGUAUCCUUACUCCAGAGGAGUCUGGUCUUCUGUCGCCAAGUGAACCCAGUCUCCUUCUCCAGGCAAUCGGAUGCAUAACGUGCCAUGACACUUCCCUCGAUAACCAAACAAUCGUCUCGUCAACAUCAGUGAUCAACUUGAGUAGCCUCUACAUGUGCUUGAAGUUCAUUUUGAACUUUGUUUUCAAUCCGAUCGUGAUUUUUCGGUAGAGGAAUCUUUGCCGAUCACACAUCGACCAGUCUAAUUUGACAAUACUGAACAGAUCCUAUCCUGUAACUUAAUUUUUAAGAAAAACUCGUAUUUUUUAUUUUGACGGCAGUUCUACAUAUUUCUUUGUCCCUUUCUUUUUUUUCCUUUGACAGAAUGAAGUAUUUGAAGAUGAGCUUAGACUGUAAAUUAUAUUACAGAGCAGAUGUAAUCUGUUUCAUUUAGGGAGCUCAUCGUCUACAGCUGUCGUGUUACCAGAAAAAAGGAAUUUUUUUCUUCCUGAGGGCAAAAUCUUGGUCUCGUUUUUAAGCAUCAUACAACAGUAUUUCCUCCCCCCUCUCUCCCUUAAUUUAAUUCUCUUCUACAUUAUUAAGCCAUUAAGUUUAUUUUAGUAGUUGAUAGUUUUUGAAUUUGGUUUUUCAGUAAUCUAUCGAAGAUCCAAGAGGACAAUUUUUCAAAAUCGCGGCAGUUACAAAGAACUUAGGAAUUUUAAGUCUGCUCUUCUAAAUUUAUUAUUAUUUUUGCGUCUUCUUGAUGACAGGAGUCUGAAAUUCUUGUUAUUGUAAUUUCUUCAGAUACGUUUGAGGCUGCGACAAAAAGGCUGUUGUUAAAAAUAUCUCACAAUUUUGCUGGGAGUAUUUUUUUGUGUGCUCUCAAUUUUAUAGGGGUAAUUUUUCCUGUAAGACAAAUGCAGUCCAUCAUGUAUGAAGUUAAAUAGCAGUGGGUUGAAGAAAUGCAUUUGAAUCUUAUUUUGCAAUAAGGAACUACUGUUCUUGACUCUGUAGGUACGACAUAUGUGAUAUUAGUUCCCCUAUGCGGUUAUGUGCUUUCACACAUAAGUCAAAAAUGGUAGUUCUUAAUUGCAAUAUGUAGUCUAUUCGAUUAUCUAAUUAAUCCAGUGAUAAUUUGGUAUUUGCUAAGCCUACAAUCACCUGUCCUACCUUUCAUGGUGUGUUUUUUCUAUCAUUAAAAAUUAAAUCUACUAUCAAAAAUACUAUUUAAGCCUAUGAACCCAAUAUUUGGUAUGUACCAAUAUUUCUAUUACCAGUUUAUGCGUGAAAUUAUCUUAGUUUUUACAAGAAUAAAAAGUUGCCUGUCAUUCUUCCGAAUGAUUCUUUAUCUUUUACACUUCAGCAGGAUUGCUCGACUGUACUAUAUUGUAAAUACAAGUAGACUUUUUGUAUGAUUAAUGUUAAUUCAUUACUAGAGUUUAUGUCCAUUAAGGUGGCGGACUUUAGAAUGCGGUCGGAGGUGUGUUGGUUUCAUUUCCCAUUUUGAAGCUCGAUGUUAGAAUCAAUAUGACAGAAUUUCCACCUCUCUCUGAAAGUCGGCUAUCUUAUUGGUAUGAACGCAUUUCAGCUACUUGAUAGUUUUUUAACAAAUAACUUAAACUUACCAUUCUUUUUUUUUUGCCAAGGAAUUGUACAUAUGUAGUCAGAUAAGUAAUUAAAAUGAAACUGAGGUCUUGUCGUAAGAUGUUCCUUAUUUUUACCAUUUAUUGUAACUAUAGGUGCCCGAAUCUCCAGCUGAAGUCUCAUGUGAACGAGUGUAUGUAGUUUUAAGAAAAAAAUGCUUCCAACUCGAAAUCUCAAAUGUUUACCUGGUUCUAAUAUUUUCUCUUUUUUGUGGGGAAAAUAAUUUAUUGCUCAUCUUACCUGCUCAUAAUGAUUUCUGUUAAUUUUAAUUAUUUUAUCGAAAUCUUGCGCAGUUGAGUUAAUAUUUUUAGUUCCAACAUCAAUUUCUCUAUUUUUUUUUCACUUAAUUAUUUACGUGCAUCUCUGAACUGUAGUCUGCCAAAUCGUCUCAUUUUUCUCAUGAAAUGCCGAAAGAGAGAAAGUCACCAAAACUUUUAUCAACAGUAAAAUCACCUCUUUUUUUUUUUGUUUUUUGUUUUUUUGUUGUAACAAAAAUCAUAAUGGAUAUUGUCUAGUCUUUUUCAGUGUCAGGAGCCUGUAACUUUUGUUGGCUUGAAUUAGUAGAUAUUGCAUUUAAGUAUUAUCAAAGUGUAUCGAACUUCAUAAUAACUAGAAACUAGAUUUGAUCAAUGUUUGCGCAGCUAUCGCAUUUUCAAUCGCUUUUUGUUUUCUGUUUAGGCUGGAUAUUUUUGUACAACAUAGUUCUUUUUAUUAAUCAUUUGCAUAAUACCAGACAAAUCAAUUCUAUACCUUCAAUUUCUGCACCUUGCUUUAAAAAUUCAACGUUUUCAUGUGUAGCAAUAGUGUUUUUAAGACACACCAGUCUACGUAGUAUUCAGUUUGUAACAAGUAUUUCAUGAAAAUAUGAAGGCAAAAAUAUUCAACCUUGCUAUGGAAUGAAAUUUUUUCUGAUAGAUUUUUUGUUUCCUCUCCUUUUCUCAAUUUUUUUAAAGUAAUAAUUAUUUUUAAAUCUCUGCAGUUUUUCUGCGUUUAACGAAAUGAGUAAACAUUUAUCUUAAGUUAUUUUUGAAAUUGUAACAGUUUUAGGUGAAUGAUUCAAGCAUCAUACUCUUAUCUUCCGGUUUAACACAAUAAUCACUCUUUGUAAAUUUUAGACUAAUUAUUACUUAAUGGACUCUAACCAAUUUUAGAGAUAGAACUGAUUAGUUAAGUAUCUAAAGGUAAAUUUUUCCUAAAUUAUUUUGCGACAAGCAAGAUUUUUCAAUCGCUUCGAGGAAAAUAAAACCACACGAAUCAGGCAAAAUUAUGACAAUUGCCUCAUCCAGAAAUAGUCUAAUCUGACCAGUAUUCAAAGUAAUAGUGAGUCAAUUAAUGGAAGGAUUUAUUAUGAAGAAGUAAAUGCCUUUCUGUUAUUUUCCCCAUAAUUAGCAUCUACAGCAUGUAAGCAGUCUUUUCAAAUGUUUGCGUCUUACGUAAAGAAUAUUUCUUUUUAUCCAUAUGAACUUGAUCGCAACCUACUACAUUUAAGCUCGUAAUUCUUCAAUAGUAUUUAGGGAAUCUGUAAUUUUUUCAUUUCCUCUACCAUUUAAUUUCAAUUCUUAUGUUGUUACAUUCGUUCAGUUCCAAGAUUAUGUUUUGUGCCAGUUUAUUUUUGAACAGUAAACGGUGUUCUAUUUUGUAA